AUGAGUUAUAAAAAUUCAAAUAAUUUAUCGUACGAUAAAUAUGCUGAACAUCAAGAUCGAACUAGCUUAGGUAAAUUACGUUCAAAAUAUUGGACAACAAAACAACUUGUUAUUAAAAAACUUGGUCGAGAAGAAGAUGAAUUUAUAAUUGCAUCGGAUGCUGAUGUUGAUGCUAAACUUGAAUUACUUUAUACAAUAAAACGAUCAUGUCAUGAUUUACUUCGUAUUAUGGAACAUUACCAAAAAAAUGUUCUUUUUCUUUCUCAUGAAGAAACAGAUAUGGCUCGAUUUUUAAAAGAUUAUGCACAAAUGGAUAAAACUCGUGCAGGUAAAAUGAUGGCAAGUGUAUCAAAGGUACUUGCUUAUACAGCACAACAACGUUUAACUUUACGACAACCAUUAUUACGUUUACAUAAUGAAAUUGAAACAUUUCGUCAUCGAGCAGUAACAGAUACAUUCACAACAGUAAAACGUAUGGAAACAGCAAGAACAGAAUAUCGUGGAAGUAUUUUAUGGUUAAAAGAUGCAUCAGUACAACUUGAUCCAGAAAAACAAUUAGAAAAAUUUCGUCGAGUACAAAGUCAAGUAAAAACAACGAAAACUGAAUAUGAACGAUUAAAAUCGGAUGUUAUACAAAAAAUUGAUCUACUAACAGCUAGUCGAUGUAAUAUGUAUUCACAUGUAUUAGCUGCUUAUCAAAAAAAUUUACUUAGCUUUUGGGCUAAAACAUCAAAGAUAAUGUCAGCUGUUGCUGAAUCAUUUCAAGGUUAUCAACAUUAUGAAUUUACUAUUAUUAAAGAUCUUGCUGAACCAAGUCGAUUGUUAGCUGAAAUGAAUUCAAGUUCAUUUAUAGAUAAAACCAAACAAGAUGAAAAAAAAGUAACAACAACAGAUGAUGCACUUAUUGAUAUUAAUGAAUCAAUCGAUAAUUCAACAAAAGAACAAACAACAUCAACUAAUGUUACUCAAAAGAAAGAAAUCAUUGAUCAAAUCGAACCAAUCAAUGCAUUAAUUGACAUAUCAGAUGUUCAACUUGAUGAUCAACUUCUUGAAAUAGAAAAAUUAACAACUAUUGAUCAAGCUGCAACAGCAGCAGCUAAUACAAAAACAACACCAAGUACAUCAACUAGUGGUGAUAAUCUUGUUGAUUUACUUGAUUCAUUUAAUGAAAAUGAAAAAUUGUUUGCUGAUUUUCUUUCACCAUUAUCAUCUGAAACUAAUAAUAGUAAUAUCAAUACUGAUCUUUUUGGAAUAAAUCAAAGUAAUAGUUUUGAUGCUGAUUGGACAGCAGCAUUUGGCAAUAAUAAUUCAAUAAGUCAACAACUUUUUCAAACAUCUACAGCUCAAGAUAAUUCUGGUGCAUUAAAUAAUAAUUUUCUUCCAUCAUCUCUUCUUAGUGAAUUAUUAGCAUCAACAAAUAAAGCCAAUAAACCAACAGUAGCAUCAUCAACAACAAGUUCAAAACCAAAACCAGCAACAACAACAUCAACAGGAAAAUCUACUGACAAAUCUAAUUGGUUUAAUUUAUUUGCUGAACUUGAUCCAAUUCAAAAUCCAGAUGCUAUUGGUAAAAUUUCUGGUGACGAAACUGAUCGUAAUUGUUAA